AUGGAUUCUUCCAAACCCCUCGUCACCGUCAUCGGCGCCAGUGAGUAUGUAGGAGCUUGGCUGGUAGCCAAGCUCCUACAGACUGGCCAGUAUAGGGUCAGAGGAACUCUGAAGAACCCGAGGAAACUUGAGUACCUUAGAGGAAGACUUAAGGAUUUGUGUGAAAGUGAGUAUGAGAAUUUGGAGUUGGUCUUGGCGGAUUUGUUGGAUUAUACGUCAUUGGAGAAAGCGGUUGAUGGCGCUAGUGUGGUGUUUAUGAUGGCGUAUGGUGCAGUGAAAGUGAAGAUGAAGGAUUUUGAAGGGACUGCGCUUAAAGUGAUGGUUGAAGGAACAGCGGAUCUAUUGAACGCAUGUGAUGGAGCUGGAGUCCAGAAAGUUAUUAUUAAGUCAGAUUCUACAGCUCUCAUUGAUUUCAGAAAAGGAUCAGGGACAUAUGGUCAUGAUGAUAUAUCUGAAGAGCAUUCAAAAUGCACUAGAUUUCAAAUUGCGAGGAUCAGACAAGAGAAAGUUGUAAAAAGCUUUGUUGAAGAGCUUGAUCAAAGAAAAGAGAGAAAAUUUGAUGUUGUCUUGAUGAACCCUGAGAAUGAAUCAAUUAGUGGAGCUCCUCUAGUCCCAGAAAUCAAGGAAAACUUCCUCGGAAUCUUAAAUCUUAUUCUGGGUGGUAAAAUGCCUUACCUUCCUGCUCUUUAUCACAACAUUAUUGAUGUGCAAGAUGUAGCUCAAGCUCAUAUCAAUGCAAUUGAAAAGGGUAAGCAUAUGGAGAAGUAUCCUCUCUGUUGUGAGACCAUAAAAGCCAAAGAGAUGGUGAAGAACAUAAUUAUUCCAAACUUUAGACCUCCUAUCUAUCAAAUAGGAGAUAAAGAAAUGAGCAAAUGCCUUAUUUGGAUUGUGAGCUUUUGUAUUCCUGAAGGUAAAGCCUUAAUGUUGGGAUGGAAUAAGAAAUUUGAGCUUGACGGAGAGUACUCAACAAAAGAGCUAGGGCUAAAAGAAUGCAUUUCAGCUUAUGAUUCUGUACUUGAGACAUGCAACUAUCUGGUCCAAAAUAAUUUGCUGGGAAAAGCUCCAGGUCAAAUUUUAGUUUAAACAAACCCUGACAUUUCACCAUUCAAU